CCGAAAGUCUAAUCCAGUAUGGCUGCCCGCCCCACUUUUAUCUUGUGUCGGGCAGGCUUUCAUUGAUGAUGGAUGAUGCGACCGCUCAAUUCCCAUGAUAGACUGGCAUCUUCUUGCAUGAUGCCAGUGUGAGAGCGAGCAGAAACUCAACUCAAUAUCCGCUACUCCAUCAUUCCGCACGACAAGACCGAGAUAAUUGAUCUGUACGAGAUGGCGCACCAAUACGAAUGCAUCCUACUCGGCGCAACCGGAUAUACUGGUCAAUGGACAGCUGAAUACAUCACGACACACCUACCGACCGACUUCAAAUGGGCAAUAGCCGGCCGAUCGGAAGCCAAGCUCAAGAACUUGGUGGACGAACUCCGCAGCUUGAAUCAAGAUCGACAAGCGCCAGGCAUUGAAGUUGUGCAACUCCAGCACAACGAGCUGCUACAGCUUGUGAAAAAGACCAAGGUUCUCAUCACCACAGUCGGCCCCUACCACAAGUAUGGAGAAGUCGCGUUACAGGCGUGUGCAGAGACUGGAACCCAUUACCUGGACGUUACUGGUGAGGUCCCGUGGGUCCUUGAAAUGACGCAGAAGUAUCAUGAGACUGCCAAAAGAACAGGCGCCAUCAUCAUACCGCAGAAUGGUGUCGAAUCUGCACCGGCUGAUCUGAUGUGUUGGAAACUGGCAUCCUUGAUUCGAGAACGCUUCAGACAAGGUACCGGCGAGCUCGUCUUUACAAUCCACGAUAUGAGUGUUGCAGCGAGCGGUGGCACGCUCGCGACUGCACUCGGUCUUUUUGACACUUAUAGCUUCCAACAAUUGGCGAAGUCGCAGGAUCCAUAUUGCUUGUCCCUUGACGCUUCAUCCCAGAAGGGAAAGAAGAGACCGAUAAUGGAGACUCUCGCAGGCGUGCGGACGGUCAGCGGUCUGGGCACUCUUACGGACAGCAUUCAAGGACCCGCAGACAUUCCAAUCAUCCACAGAUCACGGAGUCUCUACGGCGACAAACUCUAUGGGGAGAACUUCUACGUGACGGCUUACAUGAGAGCGCGUAACGCCGUCACUGCCUUCGGAUUCCAUAUCUUGUUCAUGGCAGCGAUGCUUGCAAUAACCUUGUCGCCGGUUAGAUGGCUGAUGAAGCAAUUCGUCUAUGCUCCAGGAGAUGGACCAUCGAAAGAAGCAGCCAGCAGGGAGUACGUUGAAUGGCGCGCCAUCGCGAAUGCCGAUACUGGCAGCACCGGCGACGUGAAACAAGCGUACGGCAAGUUCAGGUGGCAAGGUAGCAUGUAUCAUCUCACCGGCGUCACCUCGGCGGAGGCUGCACUGAUCCUAGCUCGUGAGAAGACUUUCGCCAACGAGCUGGGCGGUGGAAUUCUGACUCCUUCUACCCUGGGACAGACAUAUCUGGACCGAUUGCAAAAGGCCGGGUUGAAUGCCGACUUUAAAGUGCUGUAGACCAAAUCUUGAGAUCGUUUUGAGAUGUGCCUGUAUUUGUCGCAUCAUCUUUCUUUGGAGCUCACAUUGUCCCAGACAAGAAUGGUCUACUUGAAAUGCUCGAUGUAUUGAGAAGAGAGGGCGAUGUCCAAUCGCAGGGAAC